CAGGACGACCCUGGUUGGCCGGGGAGACCGCUGCGGACAGAAAUUUCUGUCAGCGCAAACAGUUGAUAGUUAAGAUGGAGACAUCUUCAUCAGAAACUCCUGGAGUUUCUGUUCCAAAUGCUGGCUUGGCAGACCCGGCUUCUUCUGUCCCGCAAAGACGGGGUAAAAGAACAGCUCGGGAUGCUGCCUUAGGACCGACACGAGAAGAAGACACUUCUCAGGGUUCACAGGAGCAAUCCUGUGCCAAAAGACAACGGCUUGAUCUUUCCACCAAGGGCUCCUGCAAAGCCCAUGACUCGGCCUGCUGCUUUCUAACAAAGCUCCGUAACAUUGUGGACAGCGACUGCUUCCAGUCCAUCUGGUGGGGCGACGAUGAGAACACCAUUGUGAUUGAGGAAACCCUCUUCAAAACAGAAGUGCUGGGAAGGACAGGACCUCUACACAACCUCAGCAUCGGCUGCAUGAAAGCCUUCGUUCGCCAGCUCCACCUGCACGGCUUCUUCAUUGUGGACAGCGAUUUGCCCACAGCUGCCUCUCGGGCAAAAUGCCCAGCAGGCGCAGCCGCGUCUGUUUGCAUUGCUCUGCUACUACAACCCCAGUUUCAAGAAAGAGUACCCAUGUCUGCAGAAAUGGUUCAAGCGGAGCGCUGGCGUACGAAGGAGAGCAUCAGCUGCAUUCCCACCAGAGCUGGAUUUCGAGGAGGGCCCCGUGAGCAGCCCUCCAAACAGACGGCGAGGCCCUGCAGCAUCAGCGGGCAGUGA